CGCGGCGAGCAGUUCUGUUGCGAGCGUUGCUGCGUUAAGUUGUGUCUAUUAGUUCGUCGCGCUUGUCUUCAUGUAGGAAGUAAUAUCUAUAAAUAUAUUGUAGUAUAAUAAAAAAGUGUGUUUGCUUGUGGUUAAAAGUGUUCCUGUGCAUUAUUAUUGUUAGUUGGAAGUUUGUGCUAAGACGCGAAAACCUGGAUCGCCUGGUGUAAUACGGUGUGUAUCGCUGAAAGUACAAAAGUGAAAAUUAUCUCCGUUCGCAAAGCAGAAAGUUAACGUAAAGCAAAAAAAAAUAAAAAAACAAAAAAAGACGGCAGAAAGUAAUAAAAACAAACAGUGAAAAAAGUGCCAAAAUACAUAAAUUAUAUCUUGUUGUUGUGACUUCUAAAUAACGUCCAAAAAUUGCUCCAAAUGUUUACGCCAAUUUGGUUGAACAACAAAUACUCACAUUCUUUUUGCUGCGUAUGCGCGACUGCAUUGCUGACGCUAUUGCUACUCGUCGAUGGCGCAGAGAGUUAUGGCUUUGGCAGGUGUCCGAAAUACCCAUCGAUGCCAAAAUUCAAUAUGAGCAGGGUACUUGGCCAAUGGUAUGAGGUAGAACGAUCCUUUUAUCUACCCGAAAUCGCUUCUGGCUGCACUCUACUGGAAUUUCAACCAUUGCAUAAGGAGAAGCUAUCCAAAUUCAAUAAUUUCGAGCUCGAGGUGGCAAUUAAAACAAUAAACAGACUCACCGGAAAUCCCUCAGUGAAUCUAGGCUAUGCGACGCCAGAAAACCGAAAGUCUUCAAUUAUGGAUUUCAAGUUCAACACACGUUUUCCGGAUGUAAUUGCGCGCCUACUACCUGGCUCCGGCAAAUAUCAGGUGCUCUACACGGACUAUGAUAAUUUUGCGAUACUCUGGUCGUGCGGAAGUCUUGCAUCUAUCGGCUAUUCCGAUCAAAUAUGGGUAUUCGGACGCGAUCGUGACUUCCCCGUAGAGGUACGAACGAAAAUCUACGAUGCACUCAAGAAGUUGGGGCUCGAUCCGGAGCGAUUAGUGUUGAGUAAAAACAAAAAUUGUCCACAAACUUUAUAGCUUUGCCAAGUAAACUCUAAACAAAAACAAAAAGAAAAGAAGAAAUUAUUUAACUAUUAAAUAUAAAUCGAAUUAAUGUAUAGGAAAAAAUUGACGAUUACUACAUAUAUUUUUAUGGUGAAAAAAUAUUUUUUUCAGGUUUUAGAGUAUAUUAUGUACAAUUUGAAAGUUUUUGAAGUCAUGAGCAGUGCGAUGUAGAUGACUGAGAACACAGCGCCUGAAAGUAGAUCAAGCUACAAAUUUAUUUCCUAUCCUAUAGCUGAAAUAUCGUCACCAAAAAUUUUAGAAAAUGUAAAUGUAUUUAAAUAAUUGCUGAGUUUAAAAGCUAAUUUUGGAUUUCUUACGCAGACAUAUUUGGAAAUUUUUUGUGAUGUCUUAGGGUCUUUAAAAAGGUGCGCCCAGAUGUUGUUUUGAAGUAAAGCAUGUACAAAUUUAGAUUCUUUCAGGUGUCAAUACAGUUCUUACGGCUUAUUUAAAUGUCCACCAUUAGUCGAUUCAUGCGGGCCUAAUUGUUGAAUUGAAUUUCGGGAUAUCGAUGGGGAAUGUUUUUUAGCAACACUUUGCGCUACAACAACAAUAUUCACCACAGAACAUCCAGUCUUUGAUUUGCCAGCCCUUUUUAUAUACUCAAUAAAACCAGUUUCUUGAAAUUUUUUCACCAACCUUUGAAUUGUCUACUCAUUCGGACGAUUAUUUUCACAAAAACAAAAAUCAUGAAUUUUGCGUUAUGCUGUUCUCAAAAAUCAUAUUAAAGUUUCAAUGAUUUAAGGGUAAAUUUGUACAACUGUCUAUUUAAAUGCU